GAAUAUUAUGUAUGACGAGGCAAGGUUUUAUCAUCUUAGUCAAAGAACAUAACGAAUUGUUCACUGUUUCCAUGGUUACAGCUGAUAUGAUCUGCAAUACAUGAUCCACAAGCUCAUUAUCUUUGACCAAAAAGUAAAUGAGUUGAAAUUAUGUCUCUGAAUAUGUGCUGACACAACAAUAUGUCGGAAGCUGGUAUCAGUAGCGUGAUGGGAGUGUACUCCUCUCUCAGCCAGGCAGUGACGUGGAGCUCAGUUCUGGUCUAUGGAAUCAUAUUCGGCCUGUCGUAUGGGUUCUACAAGGUCAUCCUGAGGCCAUAUCUAACCCCACUCCGAAAGAUACCAGGACGACCGAUCGGCAACAUUUUCCUUGGAAAUUUUCGAGAGAUAUUUGGUGGUGAAAGCAUUGAUGUCUAUGUCAAAUGGGUGAAGGAGAUGAAGUCAGGCAUGAUCAGGUACAACCAUAUUCUGGGCCAGCAGAGAUUGAUGGUGGCAGAGGCUGAUGCCAUGAAGCACAUAAUGGUCACUCACAGCAAGAACUAUGUCAAGUCAACGUUCCUCUUCAGGCUGUUCACAAGAGUCACAGGUGAUGGUUUGAUCAGCUUGAAUGGUGAACAGCAUCUGACUCAGAGAAAACUUUGCCUUGGAGCAUUCAAGAGUUCAUUUCUAAAAAACAUGAUUCCGGCCAUACAGAAACAUGGCGAGGAGCUGGUGGACUUCUGGGCCCAGAAGUUGACGGAAAACGAAGAUACAGAUCUGGAUGUUGGUGAUGACAUGAGUAGAAUGACAAUGGACAUCAUCUCAGAGUGCGGGUUUGGAUACAACACUGAGGCACUUCAUAAACCAGAGCAGAAGGGAUGCAGGGCCUUUACAGACCUGUUGUAUGGCUUCAAACCCAGCCUAAUGCGGGUGUUUUUGCCAUGGUUAAACAGCCACCUGCCAUCUGAAGAAAACAGAAAGUUUGCCAGGAAUCUGUCUGUGACGAACAAGAUGAUCCACGACGUCAUUAGCAACAAGCAGAAAGCCUUAGAGGAGUGCACAGAUGAGAGUAAACUCACUGACCUUCUUAGCAUGCUGCUGCUGGCGCGGGAUACAGAGUCAGGGGAAGGGUUGUCACGGCAACAGCUGAGAGAUCAUGUGAUGACCUUCAUGUUAGCAGGUCAUGAGGUGAGAUGGUCAGAGAGUGCUGAACUGUAG